UUUACCACUGAAUCUUGGGAACAUGGCGGACAAGAAAGGCGACUCUGGUAGUGAAUCGGACAGUACAGAUGAGCCAGUUGUUGGAAAUGUCAACAAAUUUGCUGUUGUUCCACCGGGUUACACGGGGAGACCCAAGAAAGGACAUCUGAUUUUUGAUGCAUGUUUUGAAUGUGGUAAUCUUGGAAGAGUAGACUACAUAACAGAGUAUGAAUAUGACCUUUUUAUCAGACCAGACACUUGCAAUCCCCGUUUCAGAGUGUGGUUCAAUUUUACAGUGGAAAACGUUAAACAGGACCAGAGAGUUGUAUUUAAUAUUGUCAACUUUAGUAAAACCAAGUCCCUGUAUAGAGAAGGAAUGUCACCAAUGGUGAAGUCUACAAGCAGACAGAAAUGGACUAGGAUACCAGCGAAACAUGUGUAUUACUACCGAUGUCCGGACCACAGGAAGAAUUAUGUCAUGUCAUUUUCAUUUUGUUUUGAUCGGGAGGAUGAUGUUUACCAAUUUGCCUACUGCUAUCCUUACUCAUAUACUCGUCUACAAAAUUAUCUGGACAAUCUAGAAAAGAAGGGCAUGGACUUCUUCCAUAGAGAACUUCUGUGCUUAACUGUGCAACAGAGACGACUGGAUUUGAUAACAAUUACACAUCCAGACAACCUGGAUCCAGAAGAAAGCAAUCGUGUUGUAUUUGUUACUGCUCGUGUUCAUCCAGGGGAAACCCCCGCCUCCUAUUGUUGUCAAGGCUUUAUAGAUUUCCUAAUCAGCAAUCACCCUAUAGCCAAGAUUCUACGAGAGCACAUAGUUUUCAAAAUUGUCCCAAUGCUGAAUCCAGAUGGUGUUUAUUUAGGAAAUUACAGAUGUUCAUUGAUGGGCUUUGACCUCAAUCGUCACUGGAGUGAACCGUCACCAUGGGCACAUCCAACGUUAUAUGCCACCAAAAAUCUCUUAAUGGAACUAGAUCGCCAUGAUAAACAAACAAUUGAUUUUUACAUAGACCUACAUGCUCAUUCAACAUUAAUGAAUGGUUUUAUGUAUGGGAACACCUAUGAUGAUUUGGAGAGGGUAGAGAGACAUUCAGUGUUUCCUCGACUUUUGUGUACCAAUGCUGAAGACUUCUCACUGGCCAACACUAAUUUCAACAGAGACGCUGUAAAAGCAGGGACAGGCAGGAGAACACUGGGAAGUGUUUUGGAUGAGAAUUCCCACUGCUACACACUGGAGGUGUCUUUCUUCAGCUACCAGACAAAUUCAACCAGCCAGGCUAUGCCCUACACAGAAGAGGGAUAUAUGAAACUUGGCAGGAAUCUAGCAAGAACAUUCUUAGAUUACUACAAGUUAAUUGGUGUUAUAAGUGCUAAACCCAGCAGCAGCAUUGUACCGAAGCCUGGACGAUACAGCCUCCGUGACCGACAGGCUGAAAGGUCUCACACAGAUCCCCCUAAUGAGGGGGCUUAUCGGUUGGAUGAGCGUAGUGUUAGAAAGUCGUACCAACGAGAUUUUAGUAUCAACAGCAGCAAUGCUUUCUCGGAAUCUUCCUCCUCCAUUAGGCUUCAGCUGAGGGAAAAUCGACGAUACUGAUACUCCCUCAAAUUUCCUAAUGACUAGUAUUCUACUCAAAUGUAAAUUUACAUCAUAAUUACAGCUUUGUCAAUAAUUCGAAGCAUGUAAAAACUUAUUUUUAUGUCGAGUUCAACUGAUGAAUAUGUGAUGAUGAACAAAUCAUUAGUUAUUGAUGAUUAACAUUACAUAUUUACCAUUGCACAUAGAUUUAAUGAGACAUUUGAAAAAUGUUAUCAUGAGGUAUUUUUGUAUUGCUGCAAUUUAUUGUGUUGUGAAUGUAAAAAUGAUAAUUUCUAUUCAAUAGGAAUAUGAACUGACUGUGAUGUAUUUAUAUCAUAAUUUAUAUUGUUGUGCUGCCCACUUCUUAUCUGUAAGGGAUCACAAUGGCUGUUUUAUAUUUGAAAAAUUUUAUUUUUUAUUUUUGACAUCAAGUAAAUUUUCUUUGAUAGAUGUUUUAUAAAAUAUGUGCCAAUUCCUUCUGACAUGUGUGUGUACCAUCAGUCACUUUUGACUUGUGUACAUUUAAAUUUAGAUUUAGUCUAUGUAUAGGACAAUACAUAUCAUACAAAAAAAAUUACAAAACUGCUUUUAUACUCUCUUCCAUAACUAAGCAGCAGUUUUUGUUAUUUUAUAAAAGUACACUGCAAUUUUGCAGGAUUUCAGUUUCUGACAAUGUACAUAUGUUGUCCAUUAAUGCUUGACGGCAACAAAGUCUCAUUCUUUCACCAAACCAUGGAAUUUUAAUUUGGGUCUGUGCGUUUCCCAGAUAUCUCUAAUACCAUAUUUAAGUUUUAGUAAGGAAAUAUCACAUGAUAACUCUCCCCAUGAUUUAUGGAAGACCCCAUUGUUUUUAGCCUAAUAGUCCUCUUUGCCACAAUGUGACAAAAAAUGGUUUAUGGUGAUAUCUCAAAUACUGUUGGAGUUUUAGCAGUAAAAUUUCACAUGCAGAGUUUCCAUGAUUCAGGGGGAUGACCCCUGUAGAAUUUUGAGUCAGAAGGUCAAGGUAACAGAAGUACAUUAUAUCUCAGAUAAUGAAAACUCGCAUCACAAAAGGACAACCCAUUUUUCUUUGGAGGGUCAUAUUUCAAGAUUGACAGCUCAUAUAUGGUAAGAAAUUAUUUCUGAAUAAUAUCUAAAAUACUAUUUGAUCUUUGGUAAUUAAACUGGACCCGUUGCACGACUAGUUAUCACUGUAUAAAUGUAAGAGUUGGUGACAAGUUUACUGUUAGUUAAAAGUUAAUUAACCUUCUUGCAACUGGGUCUAUCAUAAAGAUUUCCCAAUAGUCACUUUUUUUUAGGUUCAAAGGUCAAGGUCACAUAUAUACAAAAUAUUAAAUGCAUGGUCUUUGAAUACUAUAUCUACAUUACAAUGAAACUUUAUAAGAAAAGUCUUCUUUAAAUGUUUCCCAUUUCAAAAAAAUCAGAGAUCAAAUAAGUUUAGAUUUAUACCUGGAGUCCUCACUUUGUAGGUCACCUGAGCUGAAAGUUUGAGAGAGCUUUUCUGAUCACCCUUUGUCGUGUAUCCAUCUGUAUGUAAACUUUGAACAUUUUAGACUUCUCCAGAACCACAGAGCUAAUUUCAACCAAACUUGCCUCAAAGCAUGCUUUGGUAAAGAGGAUUCAAGUUUUUGUUUUUUUUUUCAAAUGAAAUGCCACACCCUUUUUGAAGUGGAGAUAGUUAAGAAUUGUGGAAAAUUCUGUGGUGAUGAUAAGUGAUACUGAUAGGGUUUUCAUAUAUGCAUUCCUUGUGACAAGACCUUUUUUAUAGUAACAAACAUUUUGACCUUGACGUUUGACAUACAUUUAAGAAAACUUAACCCAUUCAAUAUCUCCUGAAAUAUAUGUGGUUGAGCUUUCAUAUAAUGUAUAAAGAUUUUUUAUGGCAAGACCUUUCAUUUCUUACCUUCAUCCUUGACCUUCUCCAGGACAGCAAGAUCAUGUUAGUCAUAUUGGUUUUGAGGCAUCCCCAUGUUGUGUGAAUUCCAAUUUGGUUAUGUCAUGACCUAGUGGGACUAGGUUGGGGCCAAGCUGUGGCAUCAAUUGAGAAUUGAAAAUUUUUUUUUUUUUAAAAAUCUUAACAUCAGUACCUUGGUGACUCAGGUGAGCAAUGUAUCCCAUGGCCUCGCUUGCUUAUUGAACUGAAUAAACUGAUCAGUUUCCAGUCCUGUGUGCAUGACAUGUCAAUUUUGAACCACUGUAUGAAUACUUAUCUAACUUGUUAUUAAGUAGUAGAAAGUUUUAGUCGAUAUUUCAUUAUUAUAACUUGAUAUUGUCAUCAAGAGUCAUGAUUUGUUAAUGAUGAAUGCUUCACCAAUAAAAUUAAAUACUUUAUAUAUG